AUGGGCCGGGUUGCGUCCUGCCAGCGGGCGCCAGACUGGCCGAAGCUCAGCAAGAAGCGCGCCUUGAAGGCCCAGACGCUGGGCGUGGGGGACCAUCUCUUCUUGGUACCUGGUGUGCUGACCGUGCCCGAGGCGCAGGCCUUCAUCGAUGCGGCCGAGCGCGCCGUCUUUAUGCACCAGGGCAGCAGGGGGGCGGCCUAUGGCGAGGCGUUCCGCGACAACGACCGCCUGGCUUUCAUGGACGAGGCCCUCGCCGCGCAGCUCUGGGACGCGGGAGGGCUGUCGGCCGUGUUUGAGGGCAUCACAGUGGAGGGUAAGGCCGCGGUGGGGCUCAACCCCCACAUUCGCUUCUACAGGUACGCCGCGGGACAGAAGUUUGGGAAGCACAUCGACGACAGCGUCCAGCUGGCGCCUGGCAGGGUCACGCGCUACACUCUGCUGCUUUAUCUGUCAGGCAGCGACCCCACUGCUACCAGCAGCGGUAGCGGCGGGGCAGCGGCAGGAGCGGGACCUGCUGCGACGGCGGCGGCAUCGCCGGCGGCGGUGUCGGCCAGCGGGCGGCCCAAGCGGGCAGCGGCGGUGUCGGCCAGCGGGCGGCCCAAGCGGGCAGCGGCGGGCAAGCAGCAGCAGCAGCAACCGCAGCAGCAGCAGCAGCAGCAGCAGCAGCAGCACGAAGCAGCAGCUGCGCCUUGCACAAGCGCGGUGCAGGCAUUGCACGGUGGAGAGACAGUCUUUUAUGGCGCCCGCAACCGCGUGGUGGCCUCUGUGGCGCCGCAGCCGGGACUGGCCCUCCUGCACCUGCACGGGGAAGACAGGUGCCUGGAGCACGAGGGGGCCGCGGUGCUGGCUGGCACCAAGUACGUGCUGCGCAGCGACGUCGUGUUUGGGGCGGCACGAUGA